CCCAAGAUUAUAUACAAAAACCUGAUCAAAGAGGCUGUCUUUGUGCAUGCCGACGGGACAACUUCAAAGCCACCUAGUCGACGUACAUUAUACCGGGUUCUCAAAGGCUUUGGCCUACGCAAAUAUCGCUGCAAAGGCCGUCCAAAACUAACCUGUCUUCAUGCU